AUGGAAAAUUGGUCGGUUGAUCAAGUCUGCAACUGGUUGAGAUGGAGUAAUUUAGGAGAACUAGUUCCUAAGUUUCGUGAAGAAGAAGUAAGUGGAGCAGCUCUUCUGGCUCUUAAUGAUCGUAUGGUGCAGCAGCUGGUGAAGAAGAUUGGGCACCAGGCAGUGCUGAUGGACCUGAUUAAUAAAUACCAGCAACAAAAAAGUGGUUUAGAAACAGCUUCUCCAAAAUUUCCAGAAGUAAUCAGUGGGGCUACUGGCAGACAAAUGUUAAAUUCUCCUGGUCCUGUGGAGCAUAAAAAGUAUCUGUGUUCGACUGAGAAUGAAGAAGGACUAAUUGAUCAAAGAGUGCUAAAGCAAAAAAAAAAUCUGAAAUCAUUUUUUGCAAGAUACAAGACGUUGCAGUGGACAAGUUCUUAUGCUUUGCCAGACUUCCCUUAUGAUGUCAAGUGCAUAUUAGCAGAAAAAAAGUGCCCUGAUCACAGUAUGAGAAUAAGGAUUAUUGAAUUUUUGCAAGCAGACAUGACAAAAUACCUAGAAGGAUCACUGUAUCCAAACAGCCAGCAAUAUAACAUUGUUGUCAAUGCUCUACUGCAGGCAUACCCAUUCCUCGAUGAAGAUGGGAAUGGUUUUGUAA